AUGAGGGCGCAUGCAUUGGCAGCUGCCGAGCGCAUGAAACCGCUGCGAAGACUGGAUGCCAAGGAGCACAGAGGAAAGACUCCUCUGCUGGUGGCUGUCACUGCCAGGCAGCCAGCUAUUGUCUGUGAUUUGAUCCAGGCAGGAGCAGAUGUCAAUGCUGUGGACAACAAAGGGCAGUCAGCUCUACAUCUUGCUGCAACAUACGGGUACACCCAAGUGCUCCAGGUGAUACUGUCCCUGGGUUUCCCUCUUGAUUUAGAAAUGAAGGAUUUUGAAGGCCAUACCCCCCUGCACUGUGCUGUUCUGGCUCACAACACCCUGCUCCGGGAGCUGGGCUGCCAGAUGUUGACAGAGGAGCAGCAGAAAAAUCUUCAGCACCAGAGCAAGGAGCUGGAGUCCUGCAUCCACCUCCUGGUGCAGACAGGAGCCUCCAUCUACAGCCGGGAUGUGAAAAGCAACAAAACAGUUCUUCAUUAUACAGUCCAGGAUGGGAACAUCUCCCUGCUCAGAUACUUCUUGGAGCUGAAUGCUUUCAAGUCCAAGGACUUUGUCAACAACAAGGCACAUGGCAACACAGCUUUGCACAUGGCAGCUGCAUUGCCUCGUGACAAGAACCAGAAAGAGAUUGUCCAGCUGCUCCUUGACCACGGGGCAGACCCAAGCAUCCGAAACUUGGACAAUGACCAGCCCAUCCACAUGGCUCCUUCUGGAAAAGCUGGGGAUCAGGUGAGGCACUUGCUGAGGAAAGGGAAAAUUGCUUCUGCCUUCGUUUCCUGCCGCCAGAACUCCAGGUCCUAG